GCCGCCCACGGGGGUACCGGUGAGUGAGGCUCUCUCGUCGUCGUUUUUGGUUACCUGCUGGGCUGGGAUUCUCGAGUUCUAGGCUACUGCACUGUGGAACCGGGCGGGGUAGGUAAGGAAGCAGGGUUCUUUACUGUGCUAAAGCCUCGGUGGUUUAGGGCGGGUUUCAAGUUCAUCCCAGGGCGGAUUCUUGGCCUGGUUUGGGUUCUCCGGUGCGCCGCAUUUGAUUGACUCGGGGAUCCCUUGGUUCUUGCUCGCUCUGGAGAGGUUCCCACGCCGAUUUCGGGGCCGCUUUGGUCUGGUAUGAAAGCCACAUUCUACUGUGUUAGAGGAGAGGAUGAGACAUUCUACUGUGUUAGAGGAGAGGAUGAGGGAGAGGGAGGGAAACAUUUUCGCCCCCGUUAGCCUAAACCCCUUUUGCUAAUUCCGUCCCGCCUGUAGGAAUGUAGAGGGCAAUGCUGGUUUCAGCUUUCAAGAACCGGAUUCGUGUACUGCCCUAGUCGUCGCCUGGGGAUUUGGGGGCUGCAUUGGGAAGAUUACCACGGUGUUGAAGUGCUGCUUUUGAUGAAGUAAUGGGGUUUUUAUUAUUUUUUUCUCACACUGUAUGAUACAGUUGCUUGAUCAGAGGUUGGAAUUGGGGAAAGGUCUCACUUUGCUGGCUCCUUUUCUCACUCUGCUGUGCCAUCUUAUCUGCUGGCAUAGCCCCCUGUUUGCUUUAAACAUAAGACUGCUUGCUUUAAUCAUGGAACAGGCUUUCAAGAAAUACGCUUUGACCAUUGGGUUUGGAUUUCGCAGGUCACUCGAGGUUAUUUUGUGAAUAAAAAAAAAGAGUUUCUUUGCUUUUUUAUUUCCCUUGAUCUAUGUUUGGUUAGUUCUUAGACCUGCACCAUGUCUUUCUCUGAUAUCUUCUAUCAAUGUCAAUUGCUCUGUCCUUUUUAUCUUUUGUUUACCAGAUUAAUUACCUUCCUGAAAUGUCAAGUUGGCUGCAGAUGUGGCCAACUUUUGUGGACAGCGGAUGCAUAUUGAGUAUUUAGAUCUGAGGAGCAAAGGCCAUUACUUAUCGUAAGCAAGAUUUCUAAUUGGCGGAAGCUUUUAUGUGUAGCUGACUGUUGAAUUUACUGGUCUCAAGUAUAGAGUAGGCAGGCAAUCUGCAGUUUAGUGGAACCCAAUGGGUUCUUCUCCUUCCAAAGCCACUGGAGAGGAUGCCCUGGUUCUGUGCAAGGAUCGGAUGCGCCACAUCAGACAAGCUAUUGACUCGAGAGAUGCACUGUCAGCAGCGCACUUAUCUUACACACAAUCUCUCCGUAGUGUGGGUACUGCACUGCGGCAGUAUGCUGAGUCUGAGAUCUCACCGGAAUCAUCGCUCUCCAUUUCAGAAGUGGAUAAGUCACCAUCACAUUCCUCUAUGGCAUCUCCUUCGCCUUCGCGUGCAGUAGAGAGUGUUGCCUCUCUGGGGCAUCGAGCAAGUCCAUCUAUUACUCCACCCUCAACACGAAUCCAUUGCAUGAAAGCAGCAGCAACCACUCCUUUGACCUUUGUGAUAGAUCAAUCUACUGCUGAAUUUGUGGGGCGCGAAUCCCCAGUAUCAGCUUUUGUCCCACCCCCACCACCAUUGCCUCCAGAAUUAUGUACCACGUGGGACUUCUUUGAUCCCAUUGAUGCUGCUGGUACCUCUUCCUCCAACAAUGAGAAUGAGGUAACCCUGAACUUCAGUAGAUUGAGGGAUCUAAGAGAGUCAAGGGUAGCUGAAGUAGUUCCAUUGAAAGAAGUUGAAGAGGAAAUCAUGUCCAGAAGGCAUACAGAAAUUUCUGAUGAUAAUACACCACCUGAGCAGGAAAGAGAGCCAAAGCAAGGUGGGACCGGAAAACCAAGUCAGUUGGUGGAUACUUCAACCAAAGCUACAUCUGAGCAGGUUGCUGCAAAGUUGGAGGAAAGUGAAAUGGAAAAAGAAUUAUGUGCAGAGGCAGAGGACCCUUCAGAGUUCAUCACUCAUCGAGCCAAAGAUUUUGUGUCGAGCAUGAAGGACAUUGAAACCCGGUUUAUGCGUGCAGCUGAAGCAGGAAAUGAGGUUUCCAGAAUGCUUGAAACCAAGAAGAUCCGACUUGACAUAUGUGCUAAAAUACCAGGUUCUCCAGUCAAGCUACCUUCUGCCCGAUUUGUGUCAGCACUUCGAGUGUGCUGCAAUCGUGAUGUUAUUCUCAACCAGGAAACUGCGCAGCAUGUUUCAAAGGUUGUCACAUGGAAGCGUUCUGUCUCAUCUCUUUCAUCAUCAUCUAAGAGUGCACUUAUGACAUCGAUAAUGAAAGAUGAUGUGGAUGACAGUAAUAGUGAUUUUGUUGAGGAAUUCGCCAUGGUAUCCGGAAGCCAUUCUUCUACGUUGGACAGGCUACACGCAUGGGAGAGAAAACUAUAUGAUGAAAUCAAGGCAAGUGAAAAUGUUAGGAAGGCCUAUGAUGAGAAAUGUAACCUACUCCGACGCCAAUUUGCACGAGGCCUAAAUGCGCAGGUGAUUGAUAAGACUAGAGCUGUUGUGAAGGAUCUCCAUUCCAGGGUAUCUGUUGUGAUUCAAGCUGUUGAUGCAAUCUCCAAAAGAAUUGAGAAGAUAAGGGAUGAAGAACUGCAGCCACAGCUUGUCGAGCUAAUUCAAGGGCUAAUCAGAAUGUGGAAACUGAUGCUGGAAUGUCACCACAAACAGUUCAUCACGAUCACAUUAGCAUACCACGUGAAAGACUCGACCUCGGCGCGUCAAGGUGAGCACCACCAUCACCGCCAGGCGGCGAUGCAUCUGUGGAAUGAGAUGGACAGCUUCUCCUCCAGCUUCAGAAACUGGGUCACCGCUCACAAAUCGUACGUCGAGGCCCUCAACGCGUGGCUCCAGAAGUGCGUCCUGCAGCCGCCCCAGGACCGGCGCAGGCGCAAACGCAAGGUCUCCUUCCCUCCUCGGCAGGCUGUCUCCCCUCCCAUAUUCAUCCUCUGCGGGGACUGGCUCGCCAGGACAGAACCUCUCCCUGCUGACGAGCUAUGCAGAUCCCUCAAAGACGUGAUGCAGCUCCUCCGCGGCUCGUUCGAGCACCGCGACGAGCAGAACAGGCCCAGAAGCGGCGAGUCGCAGGAGUGCGGGAUGCUGGAGAACAGUAGCGAGCAGGAGGCGGCGGCUAAGAGUGGGAGUUGUGCAGCAUCAGCUGAAGGGCUGCAGUCGAGACUGACGGCGGUUCUUGACCGCCUGACAAAGUUCUCGGAGGCAUCACUGAAGUGCUACGAGGAGCUCAAGCAGAACUACGAGAUGGCCUGUGCUGAUUAUAGGAGAGUUGGACCAAAUGCUCAGCUUGCUUAGGAUUGAUGUUGGCUGUGGUGUGUGACUUUUUGCUAUCUCUGUUCUGGAUGACAAAUUCUCUAGUGUUUUGGUAUAUAUUUUGUGAACAAUCAGGUGAUAGCACAAUCUUUGGCCGAAUAUUACUGAUGAUUUAGUGCUAUCAGUUAUGUAAGCUUCAUCACUUGCCCUGCCCUGAUGCUUCGAAAGGCCUAUGAGAACCGUUUU